ACGUUUACGCCAUAUAAUACGCCUCAUAUUGUCUUCAGAUACACUUACCUCUGAUCUGUUUUCGCUGAACCUUCCUGCUUGACAGCGAAACGUACAAGAUACAUUCAAACACACGUUUUAUUUAGAGGACCAUGAUUUAUAAACCGCUGUAUUGGGCACUGGCCACCUUCAUAUUUGUAUAUGUGUUAUGUAUGGCUAAAUGUGCAGAUAAGACAUCAGACUCCAGCAUCGCACUGACAAACCAACUGUGCAAACUUUCGCAUGAUUUAGAACCUUUCGCGCCUUGGUCGCAUCAGCUCGCGACUGAGGUAAAUGAUGCUGGGAGUGGUGCUGAGGUAUUCGUCAAGCAGCUGCGAGACGACUGCAGGAAGUUAAAAGCUCGAACUUUAACUGGGGGCGAGAAAGUGGCGAUCGCCAAUGGAUUGCGAAAUUUUGGCACGAAUUCCAGGAUCGUCAUUGCCAAUUUGUCCAAAAUGACUACUGGAGGAGGAUAUUUAAUGGACCAAUUUUUUGUCAUUGCUGAUAAACUGAAUCCAAUAACGGAGAAAUAAGGAGCGACUUAUGCAACCGGUUCAACAGAAAACGGAAUUAUAAUAAUACUUGUGUCAGUAGGAUGGUUAGGAUAUGGGCUGGUGGGGUUCAUCUCUUAUCUUCGCCACGUCUCAGCAUCCUCUCCAACGGAUGCAACGUGCAAAACGGGUCAGAGGGUGAAACAGACCACUCACUUCCAUCUAGUGUCGGUCUUAAGAAACGUGGAGCUAUACUUCCAGACACUUGGCUUUUAAUUAACAAUAAAAUCAACUUUUAUGUUUAUUGUACAAUAACAUAUUUGCUUCAAUUUGUAUGCUAAUGAUUUCAUUGUAGACACAUUAAUAAAGAAAACCCAAAAAGAGAA